GCUGCCUGGAGCAUCCUUGGCUUGUGGGUGAGAAGAAGAAGGCACCACCAGCUCCACAGCCUGUGGCAGUGCGGGCAGUGACACCCCGGGCGCCUUUCGACCUUCGUGAACUACUUCGGCUGCAGGUUUCCUUGGGGCGAUCCUUGGAAGUUGCUUGCCUGGCCUGCCGCAGUCAGCAUCCUGAGCUUGCUGCCAGCAUUCGGGAGACCAUCAUGCAGGCGCAACUGCUUUGGCAACAGGCAGUGAAGGUCAUUGGCCAGUACGCGCAGGUUUCGCGGAAAGUCAUUGAAACCGUGCUGCCGGAUCUGAACCUCGCUGUGCAGGAAUCCACACCGGAACUCGGCUACGACCUCCUCAGCAUGGUAGAGAGUUGGAUCCAGAAGAUGACUGCCGACAGCGAGAAGAUGCAUUGGCUGUGCUCCGAGCUCUCGAAGCACUUGGAGAAGAUGAUCACGCAGGCGCAGGCUCAACAGCUUCAGCUGAAGAACGCUGCGCCCGAAGCAAGAGCCGCGCCCCCGGCCCCAAAUGCCAUCUGCGAUGCAGCUGGGCAAGCGCCGCCAAGCCGAAGGCAAGACUUGUUUGAUGAGUUGGAAGUCUUUGCAAACAAGAUCUCGAGGGGGAACUAUUCCGACGAAAACGAAGGGGGACAAAGCCGCGAUCUCGUGGAUCUGCUGUUCCUCUCACCUGGAUUUGGCCCGGGAGCACUCAAGGCCUUGGAGGCACCAGCUGAGACGGGCGAAGGCAGCCGUGAGCUUCCUGAGCGGAAGAGCCACGGCGGAGAUCCUACGCCAACUGCCGCCAUCCCUGAGAGUUUAAGCCCUGAGCCCUCCUCGUCGGGCCCUGCAUCCCACGAGCCGAUGACGGACCCCAACGAGUUUGCCCUUUGCACUACUGGAGGCGAGGUCAACCGGUAUCCAGACUACAGCAGCACGCCAUAUCUGCCGUUGCUCCGCGCACUGUACCAGCUGAGAUCGGUGAGCAGCAUCCUUCAAGAAUGUACAGCUUUCUGGGGCCACAUCGAGAGCACAGUGCAGGAGCUCGCUCGAACCAAGGACCACACCCAGGCGUUACUGCGGCACGCCGCCAAGAGUGCCGGCCUGAAGGAGCGCUUCGAUCAGCGUCUUGCAGAGUACGGAGCCUUCUGGGCUACACUGCUGGGGCUCUGCGAGCAGUACUGCCAGGAGGUCCAGCCAGCUCUUAACAAGAUGAUGGUCGACGUGCGGAACGCUGAGGCCUUGGGCUUGCCGAAUGGAACUGCCAGCAUGCUCAGCAAGGUAGCAGAUGCAAAGUGCACUCUGGCUACUCGUAGCAAGGGCAGCGCAGGUUUGCAGACAGUAUCGUCCAUGACCUCACCCAAUCAAUCAAGGCUUAACACAGGGUACAGAAAGCAUCAUGGGAAGGCUUCCAUUUCAGCUUAG